GUCCCUCAUCGAAUUCAUUGAUGAACAUCAGAUCUUUGAGCGCCUCAAGCUCUACGUUCUCUGCGGAUAUCAUCAGAUUGCUGGGAAGCUUCUAUGAACCGUGUCAAAUCUCGGUGUUGAAGACUUUCAGUCUGACCUUCGUUGGCUUUCUACUGAGUCGAUAAUCGAUGGAAUUCGAAGGUCUUACUCGAAUGAAUGUGUGAGGGGCAGUGCAUUGAGCAUAAUGAGCAGUCUUCAGCAACUUCAGGUCUUCAACAUACAUGGAAACCAUAUUUUACCACGUUUUCCGACGAACGCGAAUCAGAAGUUUGUUGCACUGCGAUCUGUCUAUCUGUGCGUUUCAUUCUGGGUGUCGCUCUAUGCGGAUUUGUUAUUUCAUCUGGCCGUAAUAUUCUUCCAUUGAAGGAAAGCACUGCUACAUUGAGGGUUCGCACAGACGCGAAGGCGCGCGUCUGUAUGCACUGCCGCAUAACACUGAUUAUGAGUCGGGAUAGUUUUAUUGGAUGGAUUUACCUUGCUCUGAGGGGUUCGAAUACUGCUACAAUUCAGUCGAAAUCAGAACUGAAAAGGGCCUUUUCCAGCGUCGCAAGUCGUUACUUGUCCUCGUUUUCUUCCCUACUACGCGUUUUACCACAUUCCUUGACGAUGCCAACGCUGUAUAUCCACCCUCUACUCUCCAAUCAGCCAUUCACAAUGAUAGAAGGAAUUCAAAAUCCUUCGCUCCUUUCAUGGAACAUCCGUGAAGCCCCGUCGACUUUUCUUCACGUUGAGACGGUGAAAAAACGAAGAUUACGAUCUCACGAACUAUCGGCUCCUGCUACACAACCUCCUGUCACUCACUUGCACAUCCGCUGUGGCAUUUUACCUGACUCGGACACUUGGUAUAUCGAGGCGCAAAAUCCGUUGGCAGUAACGGUGCAGGACAUCUUGGAUGCAAUAUACGAAGCAUUCCAACAGCCCUUCUCGCAUGAAGCGUUCAAUACCUUGUGCCCAAAAACUCAAACGAUAGUCCUGAACACGUUCCACGCGCGUGUGAGAGCCACACCGGAUUCGAGAGUUGGAUGGGAGGCUGGAAUACAGAGGGGUGACUGUCUGAUGCAACAUUCUUGGUUUGGAGGGCUGUCUCUGCCUUUCGAGGGUAGAACUAACACGGAGAAUGCAUGUAUCUUGUCAGUGAGGAGGAUUGACGAUGAGCUUUGGAAGAUGACAUGAGACGUGCUUUGGGCACAAAUCAGCAGAAUAACCGACAUCAGGGUUGAUAACCCAAUCUAAUGUUACGAAACCA